GCCAGGUUCCUUACCGAUGAGUUCGUUGCUAUAUAAGAGGGAACCCAUCUCCAACGAAACAAAUAUGUCCGAACCAGUUCUCUACGCCACUAUCCUGGAUGCACCUAAUUUUCCCUUCGACGACCAGCACAAGGAGUUCGUCGGCAUGGCGGAUAGAGGGAACACACUGGAAGUACGCUUGGACCUCAACCUCGAGGUCGUCAUCGCUAUCAAGGCAAAGGUCGAGGGAGACAUCACACUUUCGCUCCAGCCAGUUAUCUUCUGCGGGUAGUCGCAAAAUGGUGAUCAACGCGUUUGGCGUUUAGAAUGAGGUUAGUCUUUAGCUUGUGUGCUGAGUCCAGAAUGUUGAGGUUCAUCGGCCUUGAUUUGAUAUAGAAGUCGGAACGAAUAGUUAAUGUCAAGAGUUGACAGUCGACUUGGAGAUGGAAAAAUUCCAAAUGAUAUUGUCUUGCGCAUCAGCGCUAUUCCCUGUAUCAUUUUUUCGGUAGCCGUUCUUACGACAGGAUGGCAGUGACAUAAGCUCUAUU